AUGCAGAAGGCCCUCUUUUACCACCUCCAUCAUGAAGGAGCUAACAACCCAGGAAGAUUCAAUCAGGCUUUGCGCUUAUUUGAGCAAGAAAUAGAAGAUUUGGACUCGUCGUCCACCUCAAAUAUCUCCGAGGCGGCACGAAAAUGGGGCAGCAAGUAUUCACAAGUUUGCGAGGCGAAUUUCGCAGCAUUGCAGAUGCCGGCUGGUGGUGACCAUGGCGGUUGCAGGCCUGCUCCACAAGCUGCAUCUACUCAUAUGCCGAACCAGACUUACAGAACACCGAGUCAUCAUCUGGAUUCUGCGCCAUCUAACCCCGGCCCCUCUCCCAUGCUUCACCGUGGCACGGUCCAACCAGUUACCGCUGUAGGAAUUCAAGAAAUCGCCUCCGCUUGGCAGGCACGCCAGACAGUCCAAUCUCAACAGCCCCUUGCAUCAGCACAACUGCCGCAACCUCGAAGCAAACUUCAAAGUGCAAGCCAGGCGCCGCAAUGUAGUAGUUUGAAUUCAAGCACAACUUCCAUGUCAGCAGCUGUACAACAACCGGAUUCCGCGGCACAGCCUUCACAAUUAGCACCACGCACGACCGCCUCACAAUGUACACCUGUCCAAAUAGCGUCAGCCGCGUCCCAUUCCCAACUUUCGACCCCAUCAGACCCACCAUCUGCAGCACAUAUCCACAGUCCGGAAUAUCGAAGGAUAGACGAGUUUAAUGGCAACGCGUCUAACACUCCCUGUUAUGAAUUUGUUGAAGCUCUCAUAGUGGCCCAGGAGUGCAUUCACGCUGAUUCAGCCCUGGUGUACUGGAACGUGCACAUUUCACAAGACCAUUGGGCACGGAGGGCGGCUUCUCUGCCCGCGGCCGGGCAGUUUGGUCCUAGAGAACGCGACGUAUCAAAUGACAACGUGCAGUUCAGAUUAAGGUCAAUCGCUGUCCAAGCAGAUGGGGGAGGAAAGGUUACGCCGACUCCGUCAGAUUUUCAUGUUCAACCUACAAAAUGGCCGAUAGGUCUGGCCGUGUCGAUCAACGGAGACUACGGAGUUGAAUUUAAACGAUCAAAGGCACCUAAUGGUGCGCACCUGGCCACAGAUGUGACCGAUCUCCUGAAAGAGGGCGAUAACGAGGUCGUAGUUGGCGCUUAUUUUACCCCGCAAGAAGAACGUUCGCGUUGCGUCUAUCUCAUGGCUGUCGAGGUCAUCUGCGUCGCAAACCAUGACAAGAUCGCAAAUUACGACAAGAUGAAAUCAAUGCCGACUCGAAUUCCUAAGGCAGAUGUUAUCGGCGCGAUCACUGAGUCCCUGAAGAGCAAAAGGGACAGGACUGAGGUUGUUGAUUUGACUAUCUCUCAAUCAGCCAUCAACAUCGAUCUAAUGGACCCGUUGACGUCUGUGAUCUGGACGACACCUGUGAGGGGGAGGGAGUGUCGACAUCAGGAAUGUUUCGAUCUCGAGGCAUUUCUGUUCAGGCGUACAGACGGCGUCAACAAAGGAAGCCUGGCAAGUCCUGACCGAUGGAAGUGCCCUAUAUGUGAAGGGUAUGCGCCCCCCAACAUGCUGGUUAUCGACGAGUUUUUGUUAGAAGUACGCAAGACUCUCGAAAAAGAUCGUCAGUGGCAAGCACAGGCAAUUGACGUCAAAGAAGAUGGGACUUGGGAGCCCAAAUUCCCGCCCACGAACCCCAGGAAUCAGGCCCGAGAUAUGUCAGCCACAGAAAGGUCGAUAGGUUCGCUGCAAUCUGCUCUCCGAGCAGUUACACAGGCACCAACGGCAUCCCGAGCAAUUGGAACAGAUUCAAGGUCCAUAAUCGUCAUUGAUGACGAUUGA